CACAGACCUCGCCAUGGUCUUCCUGGCGCCUGUCUUCUUUUUGCUUGGCCUCUGGGGCUCUCUGGCCGCAGUGUUCCUGGGCCCCGAGGAGGCCCAGCAGGUCCUGCACAGGCGGCGGCGCGCCAACUCCUUCCUGGAGGAGCUGCGGCCCGGCUCCCUGGAGCGCGAGUGCAAGGAGGAGAGCUGCUCCUUUGAGGAGGCCCGCGAGAUCUUCAGGACGCCCGAGCGCACGAACCGGUUCUGGAUUUCGUACACUGAUGGGGACCAGUGCACCUCGAACCCAUGCCAGAAUGGGGGCUCCUGUGAGGACCAGCUUCAGUCCUAUGUCUGCUUCUGCCCGGAUGACUUCGAUGGCCGGAACUGCGAGAAGAACAAGAAGGACUCGCUGCUCUGCGUGAACGAGAACGGCGGCUGCGAGCAGUACUGCACCGACCACGCGGGUGCCGGGCGCUCCUGCUGGUGCCACGAGGGCUACACGCUGGAGGCCGAUGGGACGUCCUGCACGCCCACAGUCGACUACCCCUGCGGGAAGAUCCCUGCUGUGGAGAAGAGGAAGGACGGCCCCCAGGGCAGGAUCGUGGGCGGCACUGAGUGCCCCAAGGGCGAGUGUCCCUGGCAGGCCGCGCUGAAGCUGAACGGGCAGCUGCUGUGUGGGGGGGCCUUGGUGGACCCCCACUGGGUCGUGUCCGCCGCCCACUGCUUUGACCGGAUCCGGAGCUGGAUGAACCUGACGGUGGUGCUGGGGGAGCACGACCUGGACGAGCAGGACGGGGACGAGCAGGAGCGGCCGGUGGCCCAGGUGAUCCUCCCCAGCCAGUACGCGCGGGGCCAGACUGACCACGACGUGGCCCUGCUGCGGCUGGGCCGGCCGGUACGGCUGUCGGAGCUGGUGGUGCCGCUCUGCCUGCCCGACCGGGCCUUCUCGGAGCGGACGCUGGCGCUGGUGCGCUUCUCGGCCGUCAGCGGCUGGGGCCAGCUGCUGGACCGCGGCGCCACGGCGCUGGUGCUCAUGACCAUCCGUGUGCCACGCCUGAUGACCCAGGACUGCCUCGAGCAGUCGCACCGCCAGCCCGGCGCCCCCGGCAUCACCGAGAACAUGUUCUGCGCCGGCUACCUGGACGGCAGCAAGGACGCCUGCAAGGGGGACAGCGGGGGCCCCCACGCCACCGAGUUCCAGGGCACGUGGUACCUGACCGGCGUGGUCAGCUGGGGCCACGGCUGCGCGGCCGCGGGCCACCUCGGCGUCUACACCAGGGUGUCCCGCUACACGGAGUGGCUCCAGCGCCUCAUGGACUCCGGGGAACGCCCGGCCUCGGGCGGCCUGGUCCACCGGGAGCCUGUGCCCUAGCGCGGGCAGCCCCACCUGCCAA